CCCACGUGCAGAUGUUUACGUCCUCCUCUCUGUGACGUCAGCGCCCAGUCGUCGUCGGAUGAGAAACAUUCGCGAUGUUAAAGAUGCGGAUUAGCGGACAAAAGGCCUCGCAGGCGGCAGGUGACGCGACGCGCGCAGGUAUGCCGCGCGAACGACGCGCGCGUUAACGGACGACAAAAACAGAGGGGAAAUCGAUGUUAUUAUCGGACGGUUUAAGUGUGUUCAUCCGCGUCCGCUAGUCUGGCCUUUCUUCUAUUCUAUAGUGCGGAUUCCGCGUGAACUCGGUCUCGGUUCGGGUUUCUUUGUUAUUCGCAUGUCAUUCGCGAUGGAGGACGCGCUGGAGUCCGGAUGGGUCUCGGUCCGACCGAAUGUUUUCGAGGAGAAAGAGAAGCACAAGUUCGUCUUCAUCGUCGCCUGGAACGAGAUCGAAGGAAAGUUCGCCGUCACGUGCCACAACCGAACCGUCCAGAAACGGAGCGCCGCGCGGGACUCGCUGCUCGAGGCGGCCGAGGGCGAGCUGACGGCGGACAAACCAGCGCGGGCCAGAGAGAGCCCGGGCCGAGAGCGAGCCAGCAGCAGGCCGGUGAAAAGUCCGAGCAAGAGCGCUGACCUGGAGCUGCUGGACGCGGCGGCGGCGGCGGAGGUCGCGGAGGAUCCGGAGCUCAGCCCGCGGGAGGACUUCAGCUGGGCCGGCCUCUUCUCGUUCCAGGACAUGCGGGCCGCUCACCUGCAGCUGUGCGCCGUCAACUCGGACCUGGAGCCGUGUCUGCCCGCCUUCCCCGAGGAGCAGACGGCCGUGUGGUCGGUCCUGUUCGGCGUCCCAGAGAUGCGCGCGCGCGACACGGAGGCGCUCUGCUUCCAGCUGCAGGUGUAUCUGGGUCACGCGCUCGACACCUGCGGAUGGAAGAUCCUGUCUCAAGUUCUGUUUCCGGACAGCGACGAUUCCGAGGAAUAUUACGAGAGUCUGAGCGAGCUGCGGCAGAAGGGCUACGAGGACGCGCUGCAGAGAGCCAAGAGACACCUGCAGCAGCUGUUGGAGAAGCAGCGCGGCGUGGAGCGUAUGGUGGAGCUGCUGCAGCUGUACGGCGAGCAGGACGAGGCGUAUGGAGAUCUGGUGGAGGCCACGACUGAGCUCUACCACUACCUGCUGCAGCCCUUCAGAGACAUGAGGGAGCUGGCCAUGCUGCGCAGACAGCAGAUCAAGAUCUCGCUGCAGACGGAGCGUCUGGGCCCGCGGCGCGUCGACUCUCUGCGCAGGGAGGAUGAGGAUUGGCAGAGGAAGGCUCACGCCGCCGUGCUCUCCAUACAGGACCUGACCGUCAAGUACUUCGAGACCACCGCACGCGCUCAGAAAGUGAUGUACGAGCGCAUGCGGGCCGACCAGAGGAAGUUCGGGAAGGCAGCGUGGGGAGCGGCAGUGGAGCGCAUGGAGAAACUACAGUACGCCGUCUCAAAGGAAACACUGCAGCUGAUGCGUGCCAAAGAGAUCUGCCUGGAACAGAGGAAACACGGCCUGAGAGAGGAGAUGCAGGGUCUGCAGGACGGAGAGGACGCUAUGGUGCGUCUGGACCAGCUGGAGGCGCUGUACUACGAGCUUCAGCUGCAGCUGUACGAGAUCCAGUUCGAGAUCCUGAAGUAUGAGGAGCUGCUGCUGACGGCACAGCUGCAGAGUCUGCGCAGACAGAUGAGCGGUGAGCGUGCGUCCGUCCCCAUGCGUCUGCGCAGCUGCGGCGAUCACUCCUCAUGUGUGUGUGUGUGUGUGUGUGUGUGUGUGUGUGCAGAGAGGCAGGAGGAGGUGGUUUACUACGACACGUACGAGAGCCCCGACGCCAUGAAGGCCACCGACGACCCCGCGACCCCUCUGACCCCUCCCAGAGACGACGUGGCCAAGCUCCAGCAGAGGACGCGGCAGCUGGAGGCGCGCAGGGGCCGCAUCACCGCCAAGAAAGCCUACCUCAAAAACAAGAAGGAAAUCUGCAUCAUCAAUCACACGCAGAAGCGGCAGGGCGGCCCGGACUGCGUGUCCCAUCGAGCUUUUCUGCAGGAGGAAGAGGAGGAGGAGGAGCAGCGGCUCUCCAGAGUCAGUCAGGAGAGACAGAAGACGCUGGACCGCCUGCGCAGCUUCAAACAGCGUUACCCGGGUCAGGUGACUCUGAAGUCCACACGUCUGCGUAUGGCGUACUCCAGGAAGAAGGCGGGAGCGAGCGUCAGGCCGGAGCAGCCGCAGAUGCAGGCCGCUAGCGUGCAGACGGACGACGCUCCGGCUCCGUUAGAACAUUCUGCUGUGGUGCCGGAGCUGCGCAGGCCUGACAGCUUCCUGUCCCUGCCCCCGAUGGGCGGAGCUGUCGCCGAGGCUCCGCCUCCAGCCUCGCACGCAUCACUUCCUCCCGCCAGAGAGCUGCUGCUGCUGGACUCCUCCACCUCGCCCAUCUCCCCUCCACCUCCUCCUCCUCCUCCUCCACCUCCUCCGCCGCCGCCGCCUCCCUCUCUGGAGGAGACGCCCGCCGACGGCCCGGCUCAGACGCGCAGCCCCGUGCGGCAGCCGGACGCAGAGAGUCCUCUCGGGCCGUUCACCGCGCGCUUCUUCGACAGCAGUCAGCUGCUGAACGCCAGGAAGAAGCUGAGGAAGACCGCGUCACUGGAGUCCAACCAGUGGAGGAGAGCGAGCUCCCCGAUGGACGAGGUUCUGGCCAGUCUGAAGCGCGGCAGCUUCCACCUGCGGAAGGCCGAGCUGCGCGUGCUGGCGCCGGAUCCGGACGAGGACGACGGGAACAACAUCCUGGCUCAGAUACGCAAGGGCGUGAAGCUGCGUAAAGUGCGCCGACAGGAGCGCUGCAGGGGGAUGAUGGCGGACGCGGCCGACCCGCUGACCCGCUCCAUCCACGAGGCUCUGAGACGCAUCAAAGAGGCUUCGCCCGAGUCCGAGUCGGAGGACGAGACGCCGCCCUGCACCGACUGGGAGAGCUGAAGCGUGUGUGUGUGUGUGUGUGUGUGUGUUUACCUCACAGAUCUCCACUGAACACAGACGUCCGUCUGAGUCUUUAUUCCAGUUAUUACUCGUUCAUUCACUUUGAUCUUUUUUCUUUUCGUCUUCACGUGUGACCGCAGGAGGAGAGACGGGCCGCCCGUCGCCUGCCGCUCAUCAGCAUUAUCGUCUCUCAUUUAUCGUCUUGUAGCUUCAUUUAUCUCGCCAUAUGAAUAAACUUGAUUUAUUACUGUUGUUUUUCCCGUCUGUCCGGCACUGAAACAUCCGUAGUCUCAUUCCGCUCACGUGUUUAAUGAAGGUUCACGUGAAAACCCGAAUCGUGACACGACGUUUACCCACAAUGCUGUUCUGGGACGGACUCUUUUACCAGACACUGCGGUGUAUUUUUACGUUUUUCAUCACGUGUACUGUAUUUAGCUUUUGAUAUUAUUUGUUUUAAUCAUAUUAAUUGUUCUGUAUGUUCUAUGCAUUCUUACUUGGUCAAUCAAACCGUAUUCCCGCUGAAACACUACAGUCGUGAGCGAUCGUCAACUCACUCGACAUGUGCAAUAUUAUAUUAGGAACUGAAAACCGUGUAAAAUAUCAAGUGCAUCAGACCGCAGAUCCAUCGCAUGUUUGCCUAGAGGACACCUGUAUUUAUUGAGUUCAACUAAAUAUUUAAAUAUGUAAAGCAAUAUCAUGAAAUGUACAAUGAUUUUUUUUUCUUUGAAAAUUCAGUUUUGCUUUUACUCAGCUUUUCCAAACAUUGUACUCCUAAUAGUUAUUUUAAAUUUGCAUUUUGCCCCUUACAUAAAUAAAGAUUCAAAAGAAA